UUAUUUCUUAUUAUUUUUUUGUGCUGAAACCAGUCGGGUCGAUAUGAAUGAGUAAAGUUAGAUAGAUAAAUUAGUUGUUGAUGCUACUCAUAUUUCAUUGAAAUCAUCAAAUUCAGACUAUGAAUUCAAUGGAAGAACAAGAACAGAAGGACAAGGAGGACGAGGAGAUGGUGGAUGGCCGGAAACAGGAGGCGGAGGCGGAGACAGAGGAGGAGCGGUUACCGGAGGAAAUAGAGAGAUUACCGGAGCAAGAGAAGCUUCAGUUACAAGAGGAAGCGGUGGAGGAGGUGGAGGAUGUACAGUUGUUGAGAAAUGAGGCGGAGAAACAGUCUGGUAGCGUGGGGGAGGUGGAAGAGGUGGCGGCGGUUGAUGAUAAGGGUGAAUUAGAGUUACCAAAGGCGGAGGAGGUGGCAGAGGAGGAAGAGACGGCGGCGGAGGAGGUUGAUAAUUCGAAGUUACAGUUAUUAGAAAAGGAUGAUAGUUUACAGUUACCGAAGGAGGAGGAACAAGUGCAGGAAGAUGAUUUUCCAUUACGGGCGGAGGAGGCGGCAGCGACGGGGGAGGAGGAGGAGAAGUUACAGGAGGGUGGUGAGAAUUCAGAGUUAGAGAAGGAGGAGGAUGAUGAUUUGGAAUUACAGAAGGAGGCGGCGGUGGAGGCGGCGGUGGAGGCGGAUGAGGAGCAGUUACAAGAGGGUGCUGAUGAUAUAGAGUUAGAGAAGGAGGAGGAGGAGGGUGAUGAGAAUUUACAGAAUCAGGUGGAGGCCGAGGAAGAGCAGUUACAGGAGGGUGGUGAUGAUAUAGAGUUAGAGAAGGAGGAUGAGGAUGAUGUUUUGAAAUUACAGGAGGCGGAGGUGGAGGCAGAGGCCGAGGAGGAGCAGUUACAUGAGGGUGGUGAAGAGUUAGAGUUAGAAAGGGAGGAUGACGAUGAGGUGGAGGAUGAGGAGGAGGAAGAUGGAGCUGAAAUUGAAGAGGAAAAUGGAAAGGAGGAAGAUUUUAACCAGCAAGAGGAGAUUCAACAACAGGACAAUGGUUCACAACCAGCUGGAGACACUGGUCUUGUUGGUUCAGAAGAUGCAGGGGGAGUAGAUGUCCAUAUGGAGGAUGCAGAUGAUGAUGAUUCAUCACAGCUUGCUGGACAUCAUUCUCCUCAUGCUGCUAAUGAUGCUGAUGCAGGUGGUGGUGUUUCCGAAGAAGAUACAGGAGGAGAUGCUAAUUUGGAGGAUGUGGAAGCUGAACUGGAGGCUAAUGUUGUGGAUGAAAGUAAGGGGAAAAGGAAACGUGGGAAAAUACAGGCGAAUACUAGAACAACUCCACCUCAGAGGAAGAAAAAGGAAGAGGAAGAUGUUUGUUUUGUUUGUUAUGAUGGUGGCAGCCUUGUGCUUUGCGAUCGUAGGGGUUGCCCAAAGGCAUAUCACCCAGCUUGUAUUAAAAGGGAUGAGUCAUUCUUUCAGUCAAAAUCUAAAUGGAAUUGCGAUUGGCAUAUAUGUAGCAGUUGUCAGAAAGCUUCACAUUAUAUGUGUUAUACUUGUGCAUACUCUUUAUGCAAAGCAUGCACCAAAGAUGCUGAUUUUGUGUGCGUAAGAGGAACUAAAGGAAUUUGUGGAGCUUGCAUGAAAACCAUAAUGUUGAUUGAAAAUAUUACACCAGAAAAUACAGAGAAGGCCCAAGUUGAUUUUGACGACAAAACUAGCUGGGAGUAUCUCUUCAGAGACUAUUGGAUUGACUUAAAAGCUAAAUUGUCCAUAACAGUGGAUGAGCUAACUAGAGCUAAAAAUCCGAGGAAAGGAGAUGAGCCUGCUAAAUCUAAGAAUUCUGCGAAAGGGAUCGGCAGCUCUGUUGCUCCCAAAGAGGUAUCUUCAGGUGAGCUUUAUCAGGUUGAUGAUGAGAAAGAUGCUUCUGUAGACAAUGGUGGAAAUAUGGAGGCAAAUCGUUCUAAGAGAAGAAAAACUAGGGAUCAGGUUAAGGUUCUUAAGAAGCAGAAGUCUCUAGUUAGGGAAGGUUCUGAUGUGGAUGAAGUCACUCCUUUGACUGAAGGUCCAUGGGCAACAAAGGAGCUUUUAGAAUUUGUUGCUCACAUGAAAAAUGGGGAUACAUCUGUGGUAUCGCAAUUUGAUGUCCAGGCCCUUUUAGUAGAAUACAUUAAAAGAAAUAAUCUUCGCGAUCCUCGCCAGAAAAGUCAAAUUAUUUGUGAUUCAAGACUCAGAAACCUGUUUGGACAGCCACGCGUGGGGCAUUUUGAAAUGCUGAAGCUUCUUGAAAACCACUUUCUUAUCAAAGAAAAGUCUCCUGCUGAUGACGGUACUCGAGAGGGAGUUUCUGAUGCCAUUGAUAGCGAUGGAGAGGCUGCUGGAAGUAGCGAUAGUCGUAAUGAUAGAAGACGUAAAUCACGUAAAAAGUCAAAAUCUCACAUGAACCGCAAUUCAGAAGAAUAUGCAGCAAUAGAUGUUCACAACAUUAGCCUGGUAUACCUAAAGCGUAGCCUAUUAGAAAACCUGUUGGAUGAUACUGAGAAGUUUCAUGAAAAGGUUGUUGGGUCAUUUGUGCGAAUUAGAAUUUCGGGUGGUGAUCAAAAGCAAAACAUGUAUAGGCUCGUUCCGGUUAUAGGUACUAGCAAGGUGGAUGAAUCUUAUAAAGUUGGCUCUAGAAAAACUGAUAUCAUGGUUGAAAUAUUAAAUCUGAACAAGAAAGAGACUGUAUCAAUUGAUGGGAUUUCAAAUCAGGAAUUUUCAGAGGAUGAAUGUAGACGUUUACGCCAAAGUAUAAAAUGUGGACUUAUCAAACGGAUGAAAGUUGGUGAGGUUCAGGAGAAAGCAAUGGCACUUCAAUCCGUCAAAGUCAAUGAUUGGCUGCAAGCAGAAAUAGCAAGGCUCAAUCAUCUUCGUGAUCGAGCUAGUGAAACGGGACGAAGGAAGGAGCUUAGAGAAUGCGUAGAGAAAUUAGAUCUUUUGAAGUCUCCAAAGGAACGCCAACGCAGGCUACACGAGAUUCCUGAUGUACACAUGGAUCCAAAUAUGGAUCCAAGUCACGAGUCUGAAGAAGAUGCUGGAGAUUCAGAUGAUACGAAACAAGUUGAUCAUGUAAGACCGAGAGGUACUGGUUUUGGCAGAAGGCCUUUAGAUCGCAAUUCUUCAUUCCGAGAAGGUGAUCAAAACAGUCCAGGAAACAGGUCACAAAAGAAUAUGGCUACUGCCUCGGAGCAAAGUCGACACAUAACCACACCACCUUCGGUAAAUAGGGAGUCUAAGUGGAGUCAAGGAUGGGGACCCUCUGGACUGAAUAAUCAUAACGGAGCAAAGAGCCAGUUAAGCCCUACUGGUGUAUCAACUAGUGAUUGGAGUACCAGACCAGCUGUAAGAACUGAAUCCCAUCCUGUUGCGGCACCAAUUGCUAUACCGUCGCCUCAUUCGUCAGCAAGAGAGGUAUUAAAUUCUGAUUUCGAGACAGAAAAAAUAUGGCAUUAUCGAGAUCCAUCCGGAAAUAACCAAGGGCCGUUUACCAUCAUUCAACUGCGUAAAUGGAAUGCAAAAGGCCAUUUUCCUGCUCAAUUCCGAGUGUGGAAGACAAACGCGAACCAAGAAGAAGCGAUACUUUUAUCUGAUAUAUUGGAUGGCCGAUUCCCGAGAAGGCUGUAACUUUUUUUCACUGCCCAAGGAGCAGCAGCAGUAGAAUGCCUCAAAUGAUGCAGAUGAAAAGGUAAAAAAUGGUGAUAGUGAAAUACAAGUAGUUGUUGAUAGCUGCUAAAUAUUUCUAAUACAGCUUAGUUUAGCAUCUUAUAUUUUCUUCACAUCACAUUUUGUUGUUAUAUUAACUUACUUCUGGUUAAAAGUUUUUAGGUUAGGUAUUAUGUUUAGGGUUUAAUGUGUUUAGACUGUAUACAGGCUUUGUUUGUUUGUAAGUUUAGGUAUGCCUGCUGCACAGAUCAAUAAAUACAGGUAUCUUUCUGCUC